UCGUUUGAACAAUUUUCAAAAAUUGUUUUAGUUUUAUAUACUAGUAUGAUUUAUAGUAAAUCUUAGCUCGAACUUAGCAAAUGUAGAAUAUUGAAGAAGAAUAGUCAAUGCCAACAAAUAAUAUCUAUGAGAUCUAGUAAAACCCGAUUUUGACUCCAAAAGUGAACAAAACGUGCAGGCGGGAAAAUAUUUACAUAUAUACUUACAACAUUAAACAGCUGGAUAAUGUUGUGUAUAACGUGCAGUGCGAAUACAAAAAAAUACAAGUGUCCAAAAUGUUUGGAACCAUAUUGCUCGCUUUCCUGCUACAAGACACAUCAAACGGCGCAAUGUGUACCCAAGGAAAAUCAAGAAGUAUUAGCUGAACAAGAGCACAUUUUGGAGCCUACUCUACAUGAACCUUUCAGCACUGAAGACACGGUACCACGUAAUAAACUGGAACUUUUAAAGAACUGCAAAGCCUUGCAAGAUUUGCUAUAUAAUUCACAUCUGCGAAAUUUACUUACUGAAAUAGACGUGGCGCCCGAUGCUUGGAAGGCAAUGAAAGCAGCAAUGCAAGAACCGCUUUUUUUGGAAUUCGCAGAUGAAUGUUUAAAAAUUGUCGAACCGCAAGCUGAUUUUGAAUAAACAUAUGGAUUUUAUUUAUUAAUUUUACAAUAUUA